UAUGUUCUGGCACCACUGCUAAGCUGAGCCAGGACGAUGACAACCCGAAGAAUGACAGACAAAGCGAUACCUGUCACGAACGUGAGGAGUGGAAAUCCACGGGUGAAGAUUAACAAUAAGACUAAUGCAAGUGCACGUUGAAAUUCCAAUUAUUGAAUUAUCGUUAAACUAAUUGAAUUCGGGCCAACUACAGCCAAAAAACUCUUGAACUCAUUAUUUUGUUUGGCAAGUUACUGCGUGCGACUCUUGUCGUGUGGAGAAACAGCUGGUAUGAAUUCUUAAUAGUCCGCGGCAAAAAUGUUCAUUUUUAAGGUUAAUGAUUAGCUGUAAUCCCAUAUCUUUAUAGGCCGCAGAAUUUGGUGAUUUAUUUCGGAAAAGCUCCUGUAGCGAUCGUUUAUAUACUAAGUUGAUCUAGUAAGAGGGUAAGUUGGGGCAGGAUAAACCCUACGGCAUUUUGAGAAGUUUCGUCAAUUUAUUAGGAGAAGAACAAAUGUAAGAAACCACUUGUAUUACUCGAUACCACUAUGUAUUAUUCACUUAAUAAAUACAUUUUUCAGCUUUGAGCUGCGUUGACGAAAGGCGCUGCUGCAGAGAGUUUUUACCUACACGAACAUUCUCAAAGAUUUGAGCCAAACAUGUCUCACGAACAGGAUGGCUUUGACUGCAACAAGUGCGAGAAACCGAACUCAUUCGAAGACAUGGUGAUGUGCGACGCAUGCCUAGAUUGGUACCAUCUGGGCUGCGCUGGUGUUUCACCCGGAAUAGAGCACAGACCGUGGCACUGCGAAAAAUGCACACCUCCUGCCCCUCUUCCGACCGGAACUAGUUUGGACAAGGAUAAAAGAAGUAAAAAGUUACCAGCUAAGGAUGCCGCUGGUUCAAUCAACCCUGAGAACAGUCGUAAAAGGGAUGGCAAAACCGUGAACCAUGGAAAAGUUGCAGUUUCGUUGCCGACCGGUAGCGGCGUGAAAAAUGCACCUCCAGGUGCGUCAUCGGUCACCGACAGGACUCCGAAGAAGCACCCGGAUAUCUCAAGAUGCACUGGCACGGAGAAAGGAUCUGUUCGGUCCAGUACUCGCAGUUCUCGUGCCUCCCUCCAAGUAUCAUUACAGCGGUUGGAAGAGAAAAGGAAGUUGGAAGCUCAGAAGCUCGAAAACCAGCGACGAGAGCUGGACCAAGAAAGGGAGCGUUUGCGGAAAGAGAAGGAACUGGAGGAGCAGGAAAAUGCGAUUGCCAGGAAGCAGCUACAGGAUUUGGAACAGUAUUUGGAAGAGAAGCACGAAUUAGAGGAGCAGCUAGCGGAGGAUGAAGUGUUUUCUCAAUGCACGUCGCGUACCCGAAAGUCGAUGACACGAAAGUGGCUGGAGGAUCAGAAAUCGCGUAACGGAGAUAGACGAGAGAGAAGCGAAGAAGAAGAAGACGCUUCAGUAGCCGGCGCCGCUGCUGCAAGUAAAUCUGCAAACGAAAUGGAAGCACCAGUGAAGACUCUUCCCAUGCUUUCGAAAAGCAAGCCCGUCGUUUCUUCAAGAAGAGCUACAAUCGAAAUAGGCGGCAGGUCGUCUGGCAAUAGGCACCCGUACGAGAUAGAAGUGGAGGCACGCGAUAAAGAGGAAGCCAUAGUACAACCGAAUGCUAAUCAGCUCGCCGCGAGACAGCUUUGGCCAAAAAAGCUGCCAACGUUCUCGGGUGACCCCGAGGAGUGGCCUAUUUUUUACAGCAGCUAUUUGGAUUCAAAUGCCGCAUGCGGAUUUUCUCCAGUCGAGAAUAUCAUUCGGCUCCGAGAGUGCCUCGUAGGCCCAGCACGUGAAGCCGUUGUGACGAAAUUGAUGUUUCCACAUGCCGUGCCAUCGAUAAUGGAAACUCUUCGGAGAUUAUACGGACGACCUGAACUACUCGUUAAAAAUCUCCUUGCGAAGGUUCGGCAUCUGGAUGCUCCAAAGCCGGAGCGGCUCGAUAGCCUAGUGAAUUUUGGUAUGGCUGUUCAGCAACUAUGCGACCAUCUAGAGGCUGCAAAUCUACGUGGUCAUCUGACGAACCCGACACUACUAGAAGAACUUGUGGAUAAGUUACCGGCGGCUAUUAAGCUCGAUUGGGUCCGGCACAAGAGGUUAUUCGUUGAUCCAUCGCUGAAAGAGUUUGGCGAAUUCAUGGACAGAUUAGUGGUGGAUGCUAGUGAAGUCACGACACUCAUACCACCUAAAAACAGUGGCAACAACUCGGACAGAACAAAGUGGAAUCAGAAAGCCCACAUUCACACUCAUAAUGAGCAUCCAGAUGCGUCAAAUAAGGAUUCGCCUCGAAAGCCAUGUCCAAUCUGUGCUAAAUUCGACCACCGAGUCCGAAACUGUGACGAGUUCAAGCAGCUUAGUCUUGAAGCGCGUUUGAAAGCGGUAGAAAAGUACAAGCUUUGCGAGAUCUGCCUUUACAAUCACGGCAACUGGGCGUGUAAGUCGAGAUACUUUUGCAAUGUCGGGGAAUGUCGCGCUCGGCAUCAUCCUCUGCUACAUCGACAAGCAGAAGCGACUAUAGUGCAAGCCGACUGCAAGGCGCAUCGAAUUGCAAUGUCAGCCGUGUUGUUCCGCGUCGUUCCAAUCACAUUGUACAAUGGAGCACGGAGCAUUGACAGCUUCGCUUUCCUUGAUGAGGGCUCAUCUCACACUUUGAUAGAUGCCAGUGUGACGCGCAGCCUAGGAAUCGUCGGUAUUGUGGAGCCGCUGGAACUGACGUGGACCUCGAAUGUUAAUCGGAAGGAAAAUCUGUCAGAGCGCGUCGAUUUGAUGAUUUCAGCUAGGGGAGCACAAGAGCGAUUCAAAUUGUCAGACGCACGCACCGUAGGCGCGUUACAUCUACCGAAGCAAAAUCUCCAAAUGGAUGAAAUGGCCAGACGGUUCAGGCACCUGAAGGACGUUCCCAUGGCUUCGUUCCAGAACGCUGAACCGAAGGUACUAAUCGGUUUGCGUAAUCUGGAGCUGUUAGUUCCAAUCGAGAGUCGUGUGGGCCGACCGAAUGAACCCAUUGCCGUGAGAAGCGUUCUAGGAUGGACAAUCUAUGGACCAUCUGGAAUGAAUCCCGAUGCACGCCCGUUUCUCGGAAUCCACGGGCAUGAAAGUAGUGCAGAGCAGGAGCUAAACGAGAUGAUUCGGCAACAAUUCGUUCUAGAGGACACCGGAAUCAGUCCCUCUUCACUGCCGGAGUCUCCGGAAAUCAUUCGAGCUAGAGAAAUUCUGGAGCGAACAACCGUUCGUAAAGAUGGGCGAUUCGUUACAGGAUUGCUCUGGAAAAACGAUGAAAUAUGCUUCCCGGACAGCCUACCUAUGGCGAUGAAAAGACUGAGAAGUUUAGAAUCGAAGUUAGCAAAAGAUCCAGAGCUAUGCAGCAACGUACAUCGACAAAUUCUGGAGUACAUCGAAAGAGGCUACGCUCACAAAGCGACCCAAGACGAUCUUCAAAAGGCGAACCCUGAUCGAGUGUGGUAUUUGCCACUCAACAUAGUGACGCACCCAAAGAAACCAGAAAAAAAGCGACUUGUGUGGGACGCUGCCGCAAAAGUGAACGGAGUGUCACUAAACUCCCAGCUGUUGAAGGGACCCGACUUACUGGUUCAACUGCCGGGAGUAAUCUGUAAAUUCCGCGAAAGACUCGUAGGCUUCGGAGGAGAUAUCGAAAAGAUGUUUCAUCAGAUUCGAAUUAAACCAGAGGACACCCAUUCGCAACGGUUCCUAUUCCGCUUCAAUGCAAGCCAGCAGCCUGAUAUCUACAUUAUGGACGUUGCUACAUUUGGAGCCACUUGCUCUCCAUGCACAGCACAAUUUGUUAUGCAUCGAAACGCAGAAGAAAGCGCGGUUGAAUUUCCGGAAGCAGCAAUGGCCAUCAAGGAAAAAACGUACAUGGACGACUACUUCGAUAGUGCUGAUACUCCGGAAGAAGCGUCCGAUCGUGCCUUGCAAGUAAAAGUGAUUCACUCGAGAGGCGGAUUCAAUAUGCGAAAUUGGGUAAGCAACAGUCUCCACGUGCUACAACGUUUGGGAGUUGCUUCAGAACCACGACUGCUCUCGAUCGAUUGCAGUAACGAAGAAAAGCGACAACGUGUUCUCGGAAUAGCCUGGGACCCUGAGAAGGAUGUAUUCGUAUUUUCAACGAGCUGGCACAGUGAUUUGACUCGAUACGUGCUCGAAGACCAGCGACCAACCAAGCGGAUUGCUUUGCGCAUCAUAAUGAGCCUCUUCGAUCCGUUAGGGCUUCUGGCGCCCUAUCUGAUCCACGGCAGAAUGUUAAUACAGGAGCUUUGGCGACUUGGUUUGGAUUGGGACGUUAAAAUUGGUGAUAUUGAGCAUGAUAAAUGGCGACGAUGGAUCAGUUUGCUUCCGUGUAUCACCGACCUGGAAAUCCCAAGGCACUACUUCGGAUCUGCCCAUCCAAGCUCAUACGGCUCACUGCAGUUGCAUAUCUUUACCGACGCCAGUGAGAGGGGUUACGGAUGUGCAGCUUACUUCCGGCUCGUAUGCAACGGAGAAGUACGAUGUGCGCUGAUUAUGGCUCGGAGCAAAGUUGCUCCACUCAAGUACCAGUCCGUCCCUCGAAUGGAACUCCAAGCGGCGCUUUUGGGAGCAAGAAUGCUACACACGGUGAGCAACAGCCACACAUUACCAAUCACUCAAAAGUACAUUCACACAGAUUCGGAGGUGGUACUAGCCUGGAUUCGCUCGCACCAUCGGAAUUACAAGCAGUUCGUCGCAUGCCGAGUUGGGGAGAUACUGUCUCUGACCGAGCCCAGGAACUGGCGAUAUGUACCAUCGAAGGAGAAUUUGGCGGACUGCUUGACAAAGUGGAGCAAGGACACCGCGCUCGACUCAAAUGGAAGGUGGUUUAAUGGUCGGAAUUCAUUUCUCUAUAGCGACAUCGAAAAUUGGCCAAAACAAAAGCAAAUUGCGGAAACAACCGAGGAGUUGAGAGCGCAUCUCCUAUUACAUCAAAUCUUAGUGCCUAAAAGCCUUAUUGAUGUGGGGAGAUUUUCAAAAUGGAAAGUGUUGCUUCGAACAGUGGCACUUGUGCGUCGUUUUGUAUCAAACUGUCGCCGGAAAAUUGAUGGUCUUCCCAUUGAGGUAGUACAAGCUUCAACUUCAGCUGACAAAGUCAAAAGCAACACAACGCGAUCAUUGAUCCACGCUGAGAUCAUCCCCCUACGCCAGCACGAAUAUCUUCAAGCAGAACAAAUCCUGUGGCGAGUUGCGCAGAAUGACGUCUUCCCAGAUGAAACGAUAAUUCUACUGAGCAACAGAGAUGAGCCGCAGCUCGACAAAUGGGUGAGCUUGGAGAAAUCGAGCCCUCUAUAUAGGUUGUCUCCAUUUGCGGAUGAGUUCGGUGUUAUUCGAGUAGAAGGCCGCACAGUCAACGCCAGCUAUGCCACGUUUGACGCUCGCUUUCCAAUAAUACUACCGAAGAGCCACCCAAUUACAUCGCUGUUGUUGAGUGACUACCACUGUCAACAUGGUCACGCGAACCGUGAGACGGUGGUUAAUGAGGUACGCCAAAGAUUUUACAUCUUCAACCUUCGUACGGCGAUCGACAAGGUGAUGCGAAGCUGCCAGCGAUGCAAAUUGACUAAGUGUCAACCUCAAGUACCUCGAAUGGCCCCCCUUCCCGAAGAGCGUCUAACGCCAUUUGUCAGGCCCUUCAGUUACGUGGGCGUAGAUUACCUGGGGCCCCUGGAAACAGUCGCAGGACGUCGGCGAGAAAAACGAUAUGUGGCCGUCUUCACAUGUCUGGUAACGCGCGCCGUUCAUUUGGAAGUCGCCCACAACCUGUCAACAGAUUCUUGCAUUAUGGCCGUGAGAAGAUUUGUCCGUAGGCGUGGACCACCUGUUGAGAUAUUCUCAGACAACGGCACUAACUUCGUGGGCGCGAGCAAUGAGUUAGUCAAGCAGAUAAAGAACAUCAACAGCGAAUGUGCCGAUACCUUCACCGACGCGCGCACCAAAUGGACAUUCAACCCACCGUCCGCCCCACACAUGGGCGGUGUGUGGGAGCGAAUGGUUAGGAGUGUCAAAGAGGCGAUUCGGGCACUUGACGAUGGACGCAAAUUGAACGACGAGACAUUACUGACGGUGUUGACUGAAGCGGAAGGAUUUAUAAACUCUCGACCUCUAACAUACAUGCCUCAGGAGUCAGCGGAUGGGGAAGCAAUCACACCGAAUCACUUCCUUUUGGGGAGUUCGUCUGGAAUGCAAGACCCGUUGAGAGCCCCAGUGGAUUUGGCUUCGGCGUUGAGGAGCAGUUAUCAAAGGUCGCAAUUCCUGUCCGAUGCAGUUUGGCAACGAUGGCUAAAAGAAUACUUCCCUACCUUGAACAAGCGGUCCAAGUGGUUCAUGGAUGAAAAGCCGGUGCAGGUUGGUGAUUUGGUCUACGUUGCCGAAGGAAGCCGACGAACAUGGUUGCGUGGUAAAGUAAUGCAGGUGAUCGCCGGAAAUGAUGGUAGGGUUCGACAAGCAAUCAUACGAACGGGGGCAGGCAAGGAACUAAAGCGACCGGUCGUCAAGCUGGCAGUGAUGGAGGUAGCCGGAAGUGGAUCCUUCAUAGACAGUGGUCCUCAUCAGGAUCCACGGGGUGGGGGAUGUUCUGGCACCACUGCUAAGCUGAGCCAGGACGAUGACAACCCGAAGAAUGACAGACAAAGCGAUACCUGUCACGAACGUGAGGAGUGGAAAUCCACGGGUGAAGAUUAACAAUAAGACUAAUGCAAGUGCACGUUGAAAUUCCAAUUAUUGAAUUAUCGUUAAACUAAUUGAAUUCGGGCCAACUACAGCCAAAAAACUCUUGAACUCAUUAUUUUGUUUGGCAAGUUACUGCGUGCGACUCUUGUCGUGUGGAGAAACAGCUGGUAUGAAUUCUUAAUAGUCCGCGGCAAAAAUGUUCAUUUUUAAGGUUAAUGAUUAGCUGUAAUCCCAUAUCUUUAUAGGCCGCAGAAUUUGGUGAUUUAUUUCGGAAAAGCUCCUGUAGCGAUCGUUUAUAUACUAAGUUGAUCUAGUAAGAGGUAUUGUGCAUAGUUAUACAGUUUAUCGCUUAUUUCCAAAUCUCCAAAUAACUACAAUUACAAUUGAUCUUUUCGCUAUCAAUCCAUAGGGUAAGUUGGGGCAGGAUAAACCCUACGGCAUUUUGAGAAGUUUCGUCAAUUUAUUAGGAGAAGAACAAAUGUAAGAAACCACUUGUAUUA